AUGAUGCCAAAAAAUCACACCUUCCAGGCUAAAUCUUCGGACUCAGCUUCACCAUCGAAACAUUUCUUCAGUAACAUAUUCGCCCCAAUCAUUUGCAAUCCAGUGACCAGGAUCAUAAUUAUUGUCGUCUAUGGGGUGUACGUGCUGUUGGCAUUUUACGGAUGUUCGCAGUUGGAGCCGAACUUGACACCGUCUCGUCUGGUGGUCGACGACUCUCCUAUAGUGCAUUAUCUACACCUGGCAGAAAACAAAAUAUGGGCAGAAGGUCUUAUUGGUAGAGUCUACGUGAACAGAGCUCCAGACAUUAAAAAUCCUCGUGAGGUUGAGCGAAUGCUAAAUCUUGUCCUCGAUCUCGAAAGUACACCAUAUUCAAUGGGUUCUAAUUCAACCUCAUUCUGGUUGAAGGAAUUUCAAUAG